AUGGAUAAGGUAGAGCACAAACAGUCCUUUGAGCAUGAGGAUAAUAUCAUCGACCCAAAGGAAGACUCUAUGGCGAAUGAAGAAUAUGUACCCGAUACUGAGGAAGAGAAGAAGCUCGUUCGCAAGAUCGACCUCUUCAUUCUCCCCAUGAUGUGGUUCAUGUACCUCAUGUCAUACAUGGACAGAACCAAUAUCGGAAAUGCCAGAAUCGCCGGAAUGGACAAGGACCUUAACCUCGACUCCAACAAAUAUUCCAUUGUCCUUGUCGUCUUCUUCGUUGGCUACGUCGUCUUCGAAGUUCCCUCCAACAUGAUCCUCACACGAACGCGUCCGAGUCGAUAUCUCCCCGGCAUCAUGUUUGUCUGGGGCGGCGUCACAGUCGCAAUGGCUUUCACGCGCACUUAUGAACAUAUGAUCGGGUUCAGAAUCCUCAUGGGUGUCCUUGAGUCUGGAUUUGCUCCUGGCGUGCUUCUGCUUCUCUCCUCCUGGUAUAAGAGUGAGGAGCAGAGCAAGAGAUUCGCCGUGUAUAUCUCUGCUGCUAUCCUCUCCGGUGCAUUUGGUGGUCUCUUGGCUGGUUCUAUCACUAGUGGUCUCGAUGGUGCACACGGCAAGGCUGGUUGGAGGUGGUUGUUUGUUGUUGAAGGCGCUGCCACUAUGGGUGUCGCUGUUAUUGCGUAUUUUGUUCUUCCUGACUUCCCAGCAAACACUUCGAGGCUCAAAUUCAGCCAGGCACAGAUUGAUCUUGCCAUUCGAAGACUGCAGCACGACAGACCACAGGUUCACUCUGAAGACGAAUCGAAACUGGGUCAUUGGCAGGCCUUUAAACUCAGCAUGACUAACUGGCGCACUUGGCUCUUUGUUGUUGGUUACAUGGCAAUUGUUGGCUCUUCAACUCUCUCCUACUUUUACCCCACUCUCGUCAAAGGUCUCGGUUAUGAAUCCACGGCAGCUCAGUACAUGACCAUACCCAUCUUUGGCGUCGCAUUUGUAGUCACCGCCCUCACAGGCUACUUCGCCGAUAAGAACAGCAAAUGGCGAGGUGUUAUACUGUGCGCUUGGAUGAGCAUCGCCAUGCUUUGCGCCAUCAUCAUCUGCGUCGUCUACAACUUCAAAGCACGCUACGCUCUCCUCGUCAUCAUGGCUGCAGCACUCUGGGCCUCAAAUGGCUUGUCGCUGUCUUACGCCUCAAUUACCUUUGGCUCCAUGCCUACUGAGACAAGAGCUAUUUCUCUGGCGUUUGUCAAUGCAAUGGGUAACCUGGCGCAGAUCUAUGGCGCCUACUUGUUCCCAGCAUCGGAGAAGCCAAAGUACCUCAAGGGAUUUGGAGUCAUCAGCGGGCUGUGCUUCACUGGAGCUGUAUCAUAUAUCCUCUUGCAUGUCUUUCUCCAAGGCAAGAAACGGGCUUGA